UUAUCGACGGCGCAAUGAUACCGAACCAGUUUCAAGAGAAAGAAAUCUUUAUUAUCGUGAUCGUGCCAAUUCCUAGGUGUAUAAAAGCCAGAAGAUUCGUGGCUCCAAUUACCACAAGCAGCUGAUUUCCCGGGACAUUUCUGUCACACUUCACCUUCAACAUGUCUACUGCAGAAGUCGCAACUCCUGUAAAUUUCAUGGAGCCGAUUCCCAUGCUGGAUCCCUCGGAGUUAUACAGGCCAGAUAAGAAUGUAGAAGAUUUUCGCCUGUAUUCUGACGAUCUGUGUGAUCCUAUUCAACUGAGGGUGAGAGAAACAUAUAGAUUGAUGCAUUUGAAUCAAACUGUGGACUUCGUUCAAGAGAAGAUGAAAUAUUGGUCAAAAUUUGAUAAGGCACGCCUGAACGUGAUGGACGCUUUAGAGAAACUCAACUGCUUAGUGGACGAGAGUGAUCCCGAUGUUGAUGUACCUAACAUAGUUCACGCCUUCCAGACUGCCGAAAGAAUUCGGGAGGCCCAUCCCGACCAUGAUUGGUUCCACCUUACCGGACUGGUUCAUGAUCUCGGCAAAAUAAUGGCUUUGUAUGGAGAGCCUCAGUGGUGUGUUGUUGGCGACACUUUCCCUGUUGGCUGUGCGUUUGCUCCCUCUAUUGUCUACAGAAACACCAGUUUUGAAGGAAAUCCUGACCUAGACAAUGAAAAGUACAACACGCAUUUGGGCAUUUAUGAAGAGCACUGUGGACUCGAAAAAGUUAUCAUGUCUUGGGGCCAUGAUGAAUACAUGUAUAGAGUGUUGAAACAUAACAAAUGCCCUCUACCAGAAGAGGCUUUGUAUGUGAUAAGAUUUCAUUCCUUCUACCCAUGGCACUAUAAUGGUGACUACAAACAUCUUACAACCAACAAAGAUAACACAAUGUUGAAGUGGGUCCAGGAAUUCAACAAAUUUGAUCUAUACUCUAAAUCGCACAAAGUUCCCGACAUUGAAGCCUUGAUGCCAUACUACCAAUCACUUAUUGAUAAAUACAUGCCUGGUGUUUUGGAGUGGUAAGAAAAAAAAGGAAGGAAUUUUAAUGUAAUGUCUUAGGAUUUUAAAAUUUUAAAAUGUUUGUUGAUUGAUUAUGCAUGGUUGUUUCUGUGCAUUUAUAUUUUACAUCAUAAUGAUGUUAUGCUUUCUGAAGAAAAAAGCAUUUUUACAAUUGAAUGAAUGUUAUUUAAUGCUUCGACCUUGUGGUUUUAUGUAUGUAACGUGUGUAUGAGAUUUUUACAAU